AUGAGCGUCAGUUGGACGAACGAGCAAGAACUCAUGUUGAUCGAGUGUCUUCAUGCCGAACCCAUUUUAUGGGAUGCUAAACAUAAAUACCAUAAAAAUAAAAUGAGAGUACAUGACGCAUGGAUGCGAAUAAAGGAAAUAAUGAAUAUUGAAGUGACUGAUUUAAAAAAAAAAAAAGAAAAUCUAAUGUCCAGUUAUAGGACUUAUAGGAAAAAGGUGAAGGAUUCCGUAAACAAGUCUGGAGCAAGUAGCGACGAAAUUUACAAGCCCAUUUGGUUUGCCUUUGACGCAAUCGAUGCUUUUCUAAGAGAAAGCGAUCAUUGUAAAAAAACUACAAAUACGGUUAGUAUGUUUUAUUUGCAAUUUAUUAUUGAUGUCAACAUGUAA